AUGACCAGAACCAACAACAUUAAUACACUCUCCAACGUUUCCCCCUAUUUACUUAAAAAGGCUGUCGACAUUACGUGCAGUGGUGAGGUUGAAGGAUGUGUCAUUUACUGUAACGCCCACCGUGACAUCCCCCAAGACGAAAUUUUGGAGGAACUUAAAUCGCAAAACGUGUGCCAAGAGGAAAAAAUCCUUAAAAAAGAUAACAAUACCUUGAUAGAGACGGGACUAGUGAUCUUAACAUUCAAUUCAACUACAUUACCAGAAGAUAUUCGUAUUGGCUAUGAAAAACUCAAUAUCCGACCGCAUAUACCGCGACCACUCAGAUGCAACAAUUGCUUUUACUAUGGACAUAUCUCAAAAUUCUGUAAAAAUAACAAAACAUGCCCUUUCUGUGCAAAAGACUACCAUUUAAAUUCAGAAAGUAAAGAAGAGUGUAGAAACACUAAACUGUGCAUCAACUGCACUAAAUCCAAAAUUACUCCAAACGACCACGCAGCUAUUGACAAGAAGUGUCCCAUAUUUAUUAAACAGCAAGAGCUGCAAGCAAUAAAAACAACACUCAAAGUUGAUAACAAGACUGCCUUCACCAUUUAUCAAGAACGUCACCAACACGAUCAUGCCACAUACCUUUCUGUUAUUACCACCCAGCCACCGAUUGAAGCUAAUAGCCAAUCUCAACCAACAACCGUAUUACCACCGUUUCCACCUCGACCAGCUCAACUCAACUCACCCAUCAGCACUACAAAUCAACACGGACGGCCAGUCGCCACUUACAGCGAUGUUGUAAUUGACUCCGACUCUGAACCAAAUUCAACUAAACAAACCAAGUACGAAAACUAA